AUGAUUAUAUCACCAUUAUCACAACCACCAGAAUCAUUAUCAUCAUUAUCAUCAUCAUCAUCACCGUCUUCAAUUAUGAAACGAAAAUCAUCAUCAUCAUCAUCAACAUCACCAUCGACUGCAUUAUUGAUGGCUAAUAAUAAUGAUCGAUAUCAACGUACACCAAAAUGUGCACGUUGUCGUAAUCAUGGUGUUGUAUCGGCAUUAAAAGGUCAUAAAAGAUUUUGCCGUUGGAAAGAUUGUAUGUGUGCAAAAUGUACAUUGAUUGCCGAAAGACAACGGGUUAUGGCUGCACAGGUAGCAUUACGUCGUCAACAGGCACAAGAAGAAAAUGAAGCACAUGAAAUGGGAAUCCUAUACGGAUGUCAAGAUGGUCUGGUUGCUAUGCAUAAAGCUGGAUUAACAUUAUCAGCAGCAAUGGCACAAUUAAUGCAACAUCAAACAACAGCAACAACAACAACAGCAACAGAAUUGAAAGAUAUCGAUCAAGGUGUUACAUCAACAAAUCUAAUGAUUACAAGCGGCGAACAAAAUGAAGACAAUGAUGAUGAUGACGAUGAUGGGACAUUUUUAUCCAUAACAAAUGAAAAUGAAAAUGAAAAUGAAGAAAAAAUCAAUGACCAAUCAUUGACAAUGGCAGGUGAUCAUCAUCAAGAGAUUUUAUCAGAACAAAAUUCUCAUCAUCAUCAUCAGACCUAA